AGAAGUAUACAGUGACUCAAAAAAAACAUUUAUUAGUAAAAAGUGCAUCCUGAAUUAAUAUUGAUAGCAAAAGUCGAGUGUUGAAUAAUUGCAUUCGUUCAUUCGCUGAAUAUAUUUUAUCUGUACUUGACGUAAGCUGACUCCCACAGAUAAUCUCCGUUUGAAGCCACAGGAGAGUGCCGUAGUUCUAUGAAAACUUGUUUUCAACUGUAUUUUCUAUCAUUGAACAUAGACAUUAUUAAGUAUCUAUGUUACUUUAAAUGCCGGGCCCAAAUCAAACGGACGACCUUCAGCUGAGCAACAGUGUGGAUCUACUGCAGAACCGCGCCAGGAAAAUUGCAGACCAGUCGCUUCAAUCUACUCGGCGAAUGGUAGUUAUGGUCGAUGAGAGCAAGGAGGUUGGACUCCGAACGUUGGUAACUUUAGACCAACAGGGAGAAAAGCUGGCGAGAUUUGAUGAAGUUCAAGAUGAGAUUCGAGAUGAGAUACAGCAGUCAGAAAAAGCUCUCAAUGAUAUGGAGAAAUGCUGCGGACUGUUCGCUUUACCGUGGCCAAGGUCAAAACUAAGCAAAGCAGACAAGGCGUGGAAGAAAACAAAAGAAGAUAAAGUAGUGAAAAGACAGCCGCAGAAAAUAACUGAUGAUACAAGUGAUCUGGACGAACAUUUGCCCAGGAUAACAAACGACGACGGUGAAGUGGAGAUGGACAGCAACCUGGCGCACGUUCACUCCACCGUGGGCAACCUGAAGAGUAUGGCAGCUGGGAUCAACGCUGAGGUCCGCGCGCACAAUCGCCAGCUUGACAAACUAAGACAGAAGGCGGACAGUAACGAUGAACAUGUGAUGGCAGCAGCUCAGCGCACUGACAAACUGCACCAUUAAACGACUACACACUGGCGAGCAGGAGAAUGAAACGCCAUCAAACCGACAACAAUCCACCAGUUGGAGACUUCUCCUGCAGAGUGUGCGGUAGAGUUUGCCGCUCUAGGAUUGGCUUGCACAGCCAUGAAAGAAAGUGCAUUUCUUCGAAGCAAUGACGUCAUAAAUCGUCUGAAACAGAUCUGAAGGCCAAUGAUGAUGAAACGACUACAAAUCAUAUUUUUAAAACUGCAAAUCGAGUAGGGAUUAUUCCCCCGUAGGCCGCUUCCGUGAUAUCGCUCUUGCAUAGUCAAUUCAUGCGACUGACUGUAAAUUAAUACUUUCCUACGUAAAACGUAACUACAAUUCAUAAUUCUUGCCGAGACUAUCACAUUUAAGGCGUGCCAAGUAGAGUAGAACAUAGAAUUAUUUUUACAAAAAUAUGACUGAUAUUUGGCCUAACUUUAUCAUCAUCACUAUGCGUGGUAUUAAUAAACUAAUCUCAGCUUCGAGACUGCCCUCAAGAUCAUGUCAAUUUGACAGUUCUCAUAUAAAAACAGAGACUUGAGCAUGAUCUUGAGUUGUUGAGGGCAGUCUCAGCUGAGAUUCGCUUAUUAAUACCACCCUAUGUGUAACGUCCUCCUUGUACUUAUCUAGUUUAGUCUAAAAGACAAAGGAACUCCAAAUUGGCAGACUGAUUGUAUCGAUUCGUUGAAAUUGGACAAAAAAUAUUUUACGUCCGUUUAAAAUUAAAAUAAUUAGGUAAUGGUGCUGAUUCUAGUGCAUACCAUCUAAUUUUAUUUUAAGUUAUACCUAUAAUUUUCAUCCGCCGAAGGAAAGGGACCGGUAAUCGACAGGCAUAUUUAUGGAACACAUGUCAAUUUUAGGCAGAAGUUUAAAAACCGUUCCAAAAUUGUAUAUUGGCCAGCAGAAUUAAGUUGCGAGAUGCUUAUUUCAAUUGCCCGGGUUUUCCUUUCAUUUUAAAAUUAACAGUUGUCAAUCAUCCGUCCCUUUCCUUUUCGACGAAUAAGAAAAAGACAGAUAUAGCUUAAAAUAAAAUUAGAAUGUGUCUGCAGCAAUCGGGGCCAUUAUAAGUUAUAAAUACUUUAAGUAGUAGAUGAAAAUAUACAUAUAGGUACACAGCUUAUACUUACCUACUUAAACAAAAUCAAUGUUAAAGAAAA